GUCUAUUGGAGAACAAUAUUCGAUGAGAUGAACGUAUCUUUUUCAAAGCCUCCGGAAUGUAUUUUCCGUGAGAAUUUGCCAGGAGAAGAGCAUGUUUCACGUCCGGGUGGUCAAUGGCUUCCUGGAGCAUAUGUGAAUCCAGCAAAGAAUUGUUUGAAUGUGAACUCUAAAAGGAGUUUGGAUGAUACAAUGAUAGUAUGGCGCGAUGAAGGAAAGGAUGAUCUGCCUGUGAACAAAAUGACACUUGAGGAAUUGCGUUCAGAAGUCUGGUUAGUAGCUCGUGCACUCAAAGAUCUGGGUUUGGAGAGAGGAUCUGCAAUUGCAAUUGAUAUGCCGAUGAAUGUCCAUUCUGUCGUUAUCUACCUAGCUAUUAUUCUUGCAGGCUAUGUUGUUGUAUCUAUAGCUGAUAGUUUUGCUGCUCGUGAAAUAUCAACAAGAAUUAAAAUAUCAAAAGCUAAAGCCAUAUUCACGCAGGAUCUAAUCAUUCGUGGUGAAAGAACUAUACCCUUAUAUAGUCGAGUUGUGGAAGCUCAGGGCACAACAACCCCUCAGUCUCCGAUGGCAAUUGUAAUUCCUACAAGGGGAUCCAGUUUUAGCACACAAUUACGUCACGGUGAUAUUGCUUGGCAUGAUUUUCUAGAAAGAGCAAAAGAUUUCAUAAAUUGUGAAUUUACUGCGGUAGAGCAACCAGUUGACGCAUUUACAAAUAUCCUUUUCUCAUCUGGAACUACAGGGGAGCCAAAGGCAAUACCAUGGACCCAUGCAACUCCUUUUAAAGCUGCCGCAGAUGCAUGGUGCCAUACCGACAUUCAGAAAGGGGAUGUUGUUGCUUGGCCCACAAAUCUGGGGUGGAUGAUGGGUCCUUGGCUGGUGUAUGCUUCACUGUUAAAUGGGGCUUCCAUUGCACUGUAUAAUGGAUCUCCACUUGGCUCUAGCUUUGCCAAGUUUGUACAGGAUGCUAAAGUAACAAUGUUAGGUGUGAUCCCAAGUAUUGUUCGCACAUGGAAAAGUACGAAUUCUGUUAGCGGCUAUAAUUGGUCCACCAUCCGUUGCUUUAGCUCUACUGGCGAAGCAUCAAAUGUAGAUGAAUACCUAUGGCUGAUGGGGAGAGCUCGCUACAAGCCUGUUAUCGAGUGUUGUGGUGGUACAGAGAUUGGUGGUGGAUUUGUUUCUGGUUCAUUAUUGCAGGCUCAGUCAUUGGCUGCUUUUAGCACUCCGGUUAUGGGCUGUAGUUUGUUUAUUCUUGGCAGUGAUGGUUGUCCUGUUCCAAAAAACAAACCCGGGAUUGGUGAAUUAGUGCUUGGUCCUGCCAUAUUUGGAUCUUCCACGACUUUGCUGAAUGCUGAUCACUAUGAUGUCUAUUUUAAGGGAAUGCCAAUGUGGAAUGGGAAGGUUCUAAGAAGGCACGGAGACAUGUUUGAGCUUACAGCUCGGGGUUACUAUCGUGCACAUGGACGUGCAGAUGAUACAAUGAAUCUUGGAGGUAUCAAGGUGAGUUCUGUCGAAAUUGAACGCAUCUGCAAUGAAGUCGAUGACUGUGUCCUGGAGACGGCUGCCAUUGGAGUACCGCCUCCUGCUGGUGGACCAGAGCAGUUGGUGAUUGCUGUUGUAUUCAAGGACCCUGGUAACAACACGACCGCGUACUUACAAUUAAGGAUGUCUUUCAACUCAGCCGUGCAGAAGAAACUAAAUCCUUUAUUCAGGGUCUCUCGUGUUGUUCCUCUCCAAUCUCUUCCAAGAACGGCAACUAAUAAGGUCAUGAGAAGAAUUUUGCACCAGCAAUUUGCUCAGCUUGAUCAAACUUCUAAGUUAUGA